UAGUUCCCUAGUUAUUUUACUUCUCCAAUAUUUUAUUUUGUUUAUAGUUCCCCACUGCCCAGUACACCUUUACAAAAUAUGGCUUUAGAAGCCAUUUGCGGCAUGAAUAGAAUGCCCUUUAUGAGGCGCUUCGAUGACUUGCAAUCCGAAUGGCAGCAGGAGCAACUGCGCGAGGCCACCAGUAACUUUGACAAUCCCUAUGCCCUGAUGGCGCCACCCUUUGAAAGACCCGCUGAGAAUCUGCCAAAGAUCCUGGCCCACUGUGGAAUUCGCAUGGAUUUCGACCAUGGCACCACCACCUUGGGCUUCAAGUACCGCGGAGGAGUGAUCCUCUGUGCGGACUCGAGGGCUACCUCUGGCCAGUACAUUGGUUCCCAGACGAUGAAGAAAAUUGUGGAGCUGAAUGACUAUAUGCUGGGCACUUUGGCCGGCGGAGCUGCCGACUGCGUUUACUGGGAUCGGGUUUUGGCCAAGGAGUGCCGGCUGCACCAACUUCGCUAUCGGAAACGCAUGACUGUGGACACGGCUGCCCGGAUUAUCUGCAAUGUAUCCACGGAGUACAAGGGCAUGGGUCUGGUGAUGGGCAUGAUGUUGGCCGGCUUCGAUGACGAGGGUCCCAAGUUGAUUUACGUGGACUCGGAGGGCAUGAGGUCACACGGUCAGGUCUUCUCCGUGGGCAGUGGGUCCCCCUAUGCCCUUGGGGUUCUGGACACCGGGUAUCGUCACGAUCUCAGCGAUCAGGAGGCCUACGAUCUGGCCAGACGAGCGAUAUACCAUGCCACUAGUAAAGAUGCCUAUUCAGGGGGGAUUGUCCGCCUUUACCACAUCAAUUCGACGGGCUGGCGGAACAUCUGCAACACGGAUUGCUCCGAGCUGCAUGACUCAUACUGUGGAACGGGUCACCAGGAUAAAAGGAAAGAUCCCAAGGAUAGCCCUGAUAAAGAUUUGCCCUGCUCCACUGGAUGGACCAAGAGGAAACUCACCGAAGACAAUGUCCAGACUAAAUUGGAAACGGUAUAAUCAAAGGUUGUUGUUUCAAAAUUUUCUGUAAUAGUAAUUCUUGUUGUUAUAUCUACGUACAAAAUUGGGUAAUCGUGAGAUUAUAACUUUAUUUAUAAAAUGAAGUUACCUGUGGAAUUUGGCCUUAUAAAAAUAAACAGAAUAGAACCAUA